AUGAGCGGCGGAGUUGUCGGAGGGAGAAUUUAUUGGGUCAGAAGUCAGGAUAGUAUUAGUACUGAAGAGUUGAAAAUCAAAGGAAUAGUUGUGAUUUUCGCGUGGGUCUCCUCAAUUACCGAAAGUCAAUUGAAGGAUUCUGUGAAUUUCUACACUUCUCUUGGAUGGAACUCUCUGGUUUGCCUAUCCGAUUUUCUCAAUCCAUUCAUCCCAGAGAGGGCUACAUCACUAGCAUUUUCUGUGCUUAAUGAGCUUGUUAAGGAGCUAAGGAGUAGCAUGUGUCCUAUAGUCCUUGCACCAUCCUCUGGUGGUUCAAAGGCUUGUAUGUAUAAAUUUUUUCAGAUUAUUAAAGGAUGUUGUGAAGCGGAGCUCAAUCUGGAGGAUAGUAGAUUGGUUAUGCACUGCAUCUCAGGCCAGAUAUAUGAAUCUGAUCCUGUCGACUUUAGUAGUGAUUUGGGUGCCCGAUUGGCUUCAAACCACAUUGUCCUUAAGAUGCCUGGUUUUUCAAAGCUAGUAUCAUUUUUUGCGAAAGGUGUCACUUCGAGCUUGGAUGCUUUAUUUCUCACAAGGUUUGGAUCCCAACAUGCAGAGUACUGGCAAACUCUUUGUUCCUCAGUUGAUUUGGGGGUCCCGUUUCUGAUUUUAUGUUCAGAAAAUGACGAUGUGGUUACAUAUCCAGUUGUAUGCAAAUUUGCUAGGCAAUUAAGAGAUAUGGGGGGCAAUGUCAACGUGGUGAAGUGGAAAACAGGUCAUUACAAGCAUCAGUCGAUCCAGUACACGACUUCUAUAGCUGAGUUGCUUGAGCAGGCAGUUUCUAGUUUUUCCCGCAAAAUUCAGAAACUUGGAGAAAGAACUCCCAUGGAUGAUAUGCAUGAUGAAGUAUCCGACUUAAUUUGUGAUCUCCAGAAUGCAGCAGUCGACUCAAAUCAAAGCCUUAGAAGAGUUGCAGUUGGGCCGAAUGACCACUUCUUCCUGCCGAGUUCAGCUGGCUAUGGAAACAGUAGAGACUUUGGGUCUGUACCUGAGGAGCAGAAAGAGAGAUCGCCAAAUCGGUCAAACCCUUGUAUGAGUGCACAUAGUGUCCUUGGCCAAGUAUUAUUUGACGCAUGUGUCCCAAAGAACGUGGAAGGUUGGGAUAUUAAAUUCGCAGGUUCCAGGAAUGCAAAGCCACUUGCUUCUGUUCGCAGACGGUUACCAUUUGAUGCCGCUAAACAUAGAUCAAGAUUAUGA